UGGAUGCGAGGCUGGAAGGUCCUUUGUGGAGCUCCAGUCCGGGUUUUGCAACAGUCACAAUAUUUUGGCUGGAUAUUGUCUUAGGAGGUGGUACCAGUGGGGUGGAAUUCCCUCAUGCAGGAGUUUGCACUGGAUGCCUUUACAAAGCUGGAUACUCUGGUAAUAAUAAUAAUAAAAAGCCCCUACCCGGUGGAUGGGGACGGAGUCCACGGACUGAGAGCAGGAUUUAUGAAUGUGCAAAUCGCUGUGAUAUGAUCACAUACUCUCUGCUUUGCAUACGCAGGGAGCAGCGUGGGCUGAUGGAGCAGGAGCUAGCCUGAGCGAUCUUUACGAGCUGAGAUCCCGCACAUCGCAGAAGGGCUCGUUUCUCUGUGCAAAACCUGGGACCCCGUUAGAAACCUGCUUCAAAAAAAAAACAAACCAGUGACCAAAAAAUCCAAACGCACCAGACUUCUCCAUGAACUCGCCAUGAAUAUAUUUUUCUUUUUUUUUUUUUUUUUGGCAGAAAUGCGUGUGUAACUUUUUUCUGGAGCAUCUGAGGAAUUUUGUAGUUGUUCUUAUAGUAUUUUAAAUCUGAGAAAAGCCCGUAGAAUCUUUCCCGCAGUGAUGAGGGAGUGACAAGUCGAAGCUCCUGCCAGCGCCCCUGGGAGCUGCGAGCAGCUGACGCCACCGCCGAGCCCCCGAUGGGACUGGGGCCGAGCUCCUGCACUCCUGACAGGGAUGAAGGUAGAGCCAUGUUACCUGCCACCUAAGCUGCCUGCUGCUGAUGUAGCUGGUGGAUAUGGUCCCAGACCUGGCUCCGUGCACAGACUCUCGGCUCUGAUCCCAGCCCCGAGGAUUUAGCGGCAGCAGAGCCCAGCUGUGGAGCACGCUCCCCCAGGCACCCCAGGACGGAGGGGCUGCAGCGCUGGAGAGUUACUAUGCAGCUUGGACUGCUUGUGGUGGUGGUUUUUCUAAGCUCCAUGGAUCUAACAGGCAGCAGCAAAGUGGUGAAGGGCAAGAGGCAAAGACGAAUCAGCACCGAGCUGAGCCAGGGCUGUGCCAGAGGCUGUGACCUGUGCUCUGAGUUCAACGGGUGCCUGAGGUGCUCCCCCAAACUCUUCAUCCUUCUGGAGCGGAACGAUAUCCGACAAAUUGGGAUUUGCCUGCCCUCUUGUCCGCUGGGAUACUUCGGCCUUCGCAACACGGACAUGAACAAGUGCAUCAAAUGCAAAAUUGAGAACUGUGAGUCCUGUUUCAGUCGAAACUUUUGCACAAAAUGUAAGGAAGGUUUGUAUUUGCACAAAGGGAGAUGUUACGUCACGUGCCCCGAAGGCUACGCUGCUGCCAACGGCACCAUGGAGUGCAGCAGCCCUGCACAAUGUGAAAUGAGUGAGUGGGGGCCCUGGGGGCCCUGCUCCAAGAAGAGGAAGCUCUGUGGCUUCAAGAAGGGCAAUGAAGACCGAACACGGAGGAUCCUGCAGGCUCCCUCCGGGGACGUGUCUCUGUGUCCUGCGACCACGGAGGUGCGGCGGUGCACGGUGCAGAAGAGCCAGUGCCCCGAAGGGAAAAGGAAGAAAAAGGAAGAGCAAGGAAAGCAAGAUAAUGGGAAUAGGAAUCGGAAAGACACCAAAGACACUAAGUCUGGCACCAAGAAGAGGAAGAACAAACAGAGAGGGGCCACGGUGCCCGCGACGCCCGCCAGCCCUGCCCAGUAGCCGGCCAGUGCGUCACCGAUGGCAAACUCCAUUGCUGCUAUGUAUAUGAAAGCUUUAUUGAACAGAGCACUGCUACACCAUGUACACGUGUCCAGAGACAGACAUAUACUCCAGACUGACCCACGGACUGACAGAGGUCACAAACACCCGCCCAGGACUGUGCAAGGACGCUGCUGAGGAGUGGGAGCGCACACGGAGGCAAAGCCCACAGCCCCAGGGCUCUGUGGGGACACUGCAGGGAGGAGAGGUGGAGCACAAGCCAGUGAAGGACCCAGACAUGGGAUUGAUUUCAUGAUCCACGGCCUCAAAUGGAGCCAAGCACAUAGCCCCAGCACAGCCCCACCCAGCCAGGGCAUGAGACUGAACCCACAGGGCCACUCUCCCUGACCUGGGACCCAGACACACACAGCAGUGGCCUCUUUCUCUUCCCUCUCCCCUUAUUUUGUGUUUUAAGCUGUAUGACUUUAUCAUUGCGAAUACAAGAGGUCAGUGGUAUCUGCCCUGAAUCUGCUUCAAAUAAUUAUUUCAAAUAAAAUAAAAAAAACCAAAAUCAAAACGACAACCAGCUUCCUGAGCGUGUGGUUCAUACCUUGGCCCCUAUGGAGGCUGGUGUCCCACAGGACAGAGACUCACUUGUGGAAGGGAAACUCACCAAAGCUUUAAGAAAAUCCCAGGAAAUGCUGCCAGCUGCACUGCAGCCACAGAUCAGCCAUCCUGCGAGAGGGACCCCAGCUGAGCCCCGAGGAAUUCCCCACUGCAGGAUUCACUUCGCACAGCAGAUUGAGAAAACGGGAGGUUACAACAAACCACAGGCUGCUGAAACGUUGUGACUCCGCUCGGACAGUCCCCGCUGUGGGACAAUCCCGGGGUGUGGUGGGAGGGGGAAGACACAGCUCAGGUCCUGCAGAAGAGAAACAAAUUUUUGGAUUGGGUAGAAACUACCAGUCUGCAUCCCACCGGCUGGAAUUCCCUGGAUUCUCCUGCUCUGCGAGAGCUGACACCUGAGCAGAGGACGUGGACAAGGACUGUGCAAGACAGACCUGGCAAGCUCUGCGUGGGUUUGCUGCCUGCUCUGCUCAGGGCAGUGUCCCAGCGCGGCUCCCACCCACUGCCCUGGCGUUUUAAAAUGGGAUUUCUCUGGAUAAAUACGGAGAGACACAUUCCAGCAGGAGCUCUCUGGUCCCGAGGGAUGGUGCUGUGGCUCACAGGGUGGAUCAGGGACGUGCUGCUGGAGCUCCAAGUCCCCUGAAGGGCAAAGGGCAGGGGAAACCUCACCCCAGACCAACCCUGCUGAAUCCAAUCUUCGCUGUAUUUGCCUCCAUACCACCCUCUGCUCUGUGGUUUUGGGGGGCAGAGUGAGCCCACAGGUGUGCAGGAGAGAGCUCCCUGUCCCUCCCAGGGUCACCUGCCCACACCCACAGCCCUGAUUCUCUCCUGUGGCUCCGGUGGCCACCGAGGACUCAGCUGUGGCACAGGACACCCCAACUCCCUCCACGCAGCUGCCCAGGCCCGGCUGGGCUCGGGGCAGGGUGUGGAGGCUGCACACUUGUUUGGGCUCCAGGGCUGCACCAAGCUCUCCGUGACUGCUCUGCUGGCAGCAAAACCUUUCAGCCUAUCGUCCACUUUGCGUUUAAGUAAACAAGCUGUUACAUCUUUGAAAGGGGAUUCCAUUUCAGCACAGUGAUAAACGACCAGCAUACCAAGCAGGGGGAGAAAGAGGUUCUUAAAAGUCAUCCUUUAAGUUGUUUACGGAUCAUGUUCAUAUGAUUCCUGAAAGCUUCCCAGCUGAACGAUCCAACCUUGCUCUAUUUUCUAGCCUGGGAGAGAGUAUUUUGUUUAUUUUUACGGCGUUGCUCGUAAGCAGAAGCAUUUUCCCUUGCAGUUGUACCAGUCACCCGUUGGUGAAGCUCAGCUGCCUCGCCCCUGUGCCUCCCUCCUGUGCCACAUCCCCACCGAGCUCUCAGCGAGGAUUAACGAAAAGAGAAUGCAUUAGGAAAGUUUUCUACAUGAGCCUUUGGUAAUGACUUGAUUCCCUGCAGUAACUCCUGGCACUAUUAGCACAACUAUUUCAAAACUAAACUGCAUGUAAUAAAUCAACAGAACCUAUUUUAGAGAACUCUAGGGAUUAUUAGAAAAUCUGACCAACUUCUUUCUGUUGUAGCCUUUCCCCUACUUUCUUCCUUUUUUCAGAGCAAAAUGGGAAGAAAAAGGGACAAAGGCAACAGGAAGUUUAAGAUGCAUAUUAAGAAUAUCUGAGAUUUUCAGUAGGGGUGAUUUUAAAAUUAAAAUUGUUUUAGAACAAUUAGGAGAAAAAAUAUUGAAAAAUAAAUUUAUUUUCUUUUUUUUUUUUUUGAGUCAGCUCAAGAAUCGUGCUUAUUCCCACUCCCAGAGAGCUGGUUCAGUUAUGAAUUUAGGAACAUUUUGCCUUUUUCCCAACGUGAACUGCACACUGAGCUCCCCAGUCCAAGCUGAGAUGUCCUUAGCUGGGUGAUGUCACCUCAACUCACACACAUGUGAAUGCUCUUUCCAUGCACUAAAUUACCCAGUUGUGGUGUUGUCUCCAUGGCAUCACUGUAAAAUACAUGUCUUUAAACAAAUAAAUCAAUAAAUGGGUUUGCUGAA